ACAUUCACUAUCCAAACCAGAAUUCAGACCUUCAAUCUUUUUAAAAUCUAAUUGUUCCAUAUCCUUUAUUCCUCCCAUAUCCACAAAGUGUUACUUUUGAAAGAUGUAGCACUGCUUCCUAUGGUUUCCAGCCCAGAACACAGUGUACAAGAUGAAUGUGAGCAGCGAUAGCUCCGAUGAAGUGAUCCAAAUGUGUUACUUGAUCUUCAAUGACAUCCUUGUGUCUCUCAUCUCUGUAUUUGGUGUCUCGGCUAAUAUUAUGAAUAUCAUCAUUUAUAUCAAGCUUGGCUUUGUGGACACCUCAAAUCUGAGUUUUCUCGUACUCUCUACGUCUGACCUGUUCACCCUCAUCGCUGGGCUUCUGUACAACAUCUUCUGCUUUCCAAUAGUGAACAACAUACCGGACUUGACCUUCGAACCUUUGGCUAUUGGCUACAUCACCGCGGCCUGGCCAAGGGCCGUUUUCUCCAAGAUGACAUGCUGUGUCACAGUAUUUAUCACCAUAGAAAGAUGCCUGUGCAUCAUUUCACCUCUAAAAGUAAAAACCAUCUUAACCACUGCCUCGACACAGUCGGUAUUGGCUAUCUUGUUGGUGUUCUGUGUGCUGGUCAAUUACAUGCACGUCUACACUGGCUCGAUGUACCUUCAGUACAACACACGUCCACCAACCAACAAAUCUGUUCUCGGUCUGGGAUUUGGCGCCAACUACCUUUCAGUCAACGAAAUAUCCGGUUACCUAAACACAUCCACUUUUACCUUAUUGUUUUUCAUUCUAAUCUGCUCAACAGCUCUUCUGGUUUACAAGCUUUGGCAAAAAUCAAACUGGCGCGGCACUUUGUCAUGCUCCCGAAGCUCUACAUUUGAAGAGCUCUCAAGGCGUGAAAAGACAGUCUGUGUGACGGUAGCUAUUCUAGCGGCCGUCCUGGUUCUAGCAUAUCUGCCCUAUACCAUCAAUUGUAUCUUGUCCGCGGUGGUAGUAAAUGGACCCCAAAACGGCAAAUAUAACAACACUCUUCAGAUGUUUUGGAUUGUUUCCUUCACGUUUGAAACUAUUAACUCCAGCACCAGUAUAUUUGUCUAUUACAGAAUGAGCUCCCAGUACAGAAAAAUGUUUCAUAUCGUUAUGAAUUUUGAUAAAAGACAAAAACAUUAGCACUUUUUUUCAAGAAAGCUUU